CUUGUAAUAAAAGGUUGUUGAAGUCUUAGACAACCAUUUUUGCGUUUGUUCCGUUCUUUUGGUUGUUAUCACUUGCUUCUACGUUAUAACACCCACACAACCAUAAUCAUACAUUCCACCUGCUAUUUUCCAAAUCAAAACGUCAAGGCUACAUUGUUCCUGUUCUGUGAUCAAUUUGAAGGAGUAUCACCCAAGCCAUGCCAGAGAAAACAAAAAAAUCUGUGAGUGAAACUGAGCCUCCUCCUGUACUAUCGCCACAGGCUACACUACGUGGCAAGGCUGCGUCGAUUUCCGACACCGAGCAAGAGACAUUUGAAAGCUUUGUUCGCCAGUCACUAUACUGAAAUUCGUGCUGGGCAGGUGGAAUUACGUAAUUGUAUAGACAACUUGGAAGCCAACAUCAACGAAACAACAGAGUUACAGAGUAAGCGUGUCAGUGAUCUGGAAUCCAAAAUGGGUGACCUUGAUCUGCUUGUAUCGAAGAUGGCAAAGGCAGAGAAAAUCAUCGCAGAUCAGGCACAACAACUCAACAAACUGGAAUGCUUCUCCUGCAGGAAUAAUUUGAGAAUCAUUGGCCUGCCACAAAAGCCCGGAGAGGGCUGCUUAGCCCUAUCAAAGAAGCUACUGAGUGACAAGUUUGACAUGGCCGACGUUAAGAUGGAAAGAGCUCAUCGUGAUGGCCCCAAAUCAGAUGGGAAACUGCAACACCUACUGAUGAAGCUAAAUUGCUACCAGGAUAAAAUAUCGAUCCUACGGCGCCAACGCCAUGCUGCUAAAGCCUACCAAGAAGGCAUCAAGUACCUGUUCGUAAUGGCUGAUAAAUUAAGAUCGGAUCGCUUCGGGAACUUACACGUAUGAAGUAGUUGACGUCGAUGAUGCUGC